UCCACCCAAGGUUCUUAGAGACAGAGGGCCAGAGAGGUGUUCAAAUCCCUCGCCACAAUACCCGCGGUCCUCAGAGGAACCAACAAGGUGGGGGUCAUUUCUUCCCCCUCAACGUCCCUGACCGCUAUUCACAGGGAACCCUGACUAGGAAUUUGCUUGUCCUCCGGGCUGUUCUGUCUGCUCUUUCCAUUUCUUUCAGUGAUCAAGUCGCACAUGGCUCAGCAGUGCUUCCACAGUGAAUAUUUUGACAGUCUGCUGCAUGCUUGCAAACCUUGCCACCUUCGAUGUUCCAACCCUCCUGUACCCUGUCAGCCUUACUGCAACCCAAGCAUGACCAGCUCGAUGAAAGGGAUACAUAUUGUUCUCUGGACCUUCUUGGGCUUGACCUUGACUGUUUCUCUGGCUCUUUUUACACUCACAUUCUUGCUGAGGAAGAUGAACUCUGACGCACUGAAGGACAAACUUCAAAACCCAGGAUCCGUUCUGCCGGACAUGGCCAAUUCUGACCUGAUGAAGAGCAGGGCUGAUGACGUAAGGAUUUUUCCCCGAAGCCUGGAGUAUACGGUGGAGGAAUGCACCUGUGAGGACUGUGCUGAGAGCAUCCCGAAGGUUGAUUCUGACCACUUCCCACUUCCAGCCAUGGAGGAGGGCGCAACCAUUCUCGUCACCACGAAAACAAGUGACUAUGGCAAGAAUAUGCCAACUGCUUCGGAAAGUGUCACUGGGAUGGAGAAACCAAUUCAUUCUAGAGAAUGAACCUCUGUCUGGUACAGAGCCACUUUGCGAGCCUGUCAGAGGGAGAGAUGAGGCUUUUCAUGUCUUUAGGAUGUUUAUCAGCUGGGAUAUAGCCUAUCGUCCUUUAAUAAA